CUCAUCAUACUGAAAUCUUUUUUUUUCAUUCCAGCGAAAUGUAUUGAUAUACAUAAACAAUGAAGAAACAUACUUCGGUUAAAAAGGAAUAUACGAAUUGUGCUAAACCGAUUGUUUGUCCCUGUCCAAAUGAUCGUAAGUUCUCAGUUUUAACCAAAAAUGUUUAUCAUUGCAGAGAAAUAGAUUUAGACUACACUCUGUCGAAAUUGCAAGAACUUAUAAAUGAUUCUUUCGCCUGCAAUGACGGCGAUAGAAUCUGCAAUCUUCUGUACGACUUUCUUCAUGAGACUGCAGAUAGAGGAUUCUAUAUAAAACAUCUAGCAGCAGUUAUGGAUAUUCUGGAAUUUUUAUCUUUGAAAGCUAAAAGUGUAAAACAAUAUCAAAUUCAUUUAGACAGAAUGCUUGAAUUAUGCAACCAGCCUCUUGUACUAGAAAAAACGUCUGAAAUUCUUUCAUGCGCUGAUGUUAUUGAACAAUAUUUCACCGUCUUAGGUUACCUUCUAGCAAUUUUGCCUUCGACAGCAGAAGUUUUACAAGUUUAUAGAGCAGUUGGUUGUUUGUUAAUUCAAUCAAAACAUGUUGAAGGUUCAACAAUACCUCUUGAAAUUUGUCAUCGGGCUAUGGAAAGAUCUCAACUGCCAAUCAUUUUAGCUAAAUUAGUCCAGGUGUCAUCUUUCGAUAUAUAUGAAAGAGUUUUGCAUCUUAUUUUCAUUCUUGUUUCCGUAUCGUCCAUAUGUUGUAUAACAUUCUUACAAGCCGGAAUUCUUGAUCAUCUUCUAGUCAGAAUUGAUCCAUCUUAUGGGCCUCAGUUUGAAUCUGUCCCACCAGACGAAAAUACAAAUUUGCAUCUCGAUAAAGAGGAUUAUUAUGACGUUAUCAUUUUGACGACAAAUAUAAUGUGGGGUCUGGUAAAAGCUGCUCUACCCCUUGGGAAACAGAAAGAAUUAGACAAGUUACCUCCACCUAGUCGAAGUGCAAUGUGGAGUUUACGAUGUGCUUUUAGAAGAGAGAUAUUUCGCAGCCAACGGAGUAGCAAAAGUUUGAUGAUGCGAAAUGACCUCGCAGCUUUGAUUUUAGCUGGAAUCGUUGCUCUUCCUUCCUGGAAACUUAUUAGAUCUGGUUUGACUGAUGACAUUGCUGUACUUGUGGUUGCGACCGAAAUUGGUUCAGAAGAUACCUGGUUAUCAAAUGUAAAGUUUGGUACUUCAAACGAAAACUUGCUGUUCAAAAAGAUACUACUUCUAAUAGUUGCUCAUCUCGCGCAGUCCGAAGCUGCAGUACAAAUAAUGAUCAGCAGGCUCGUAAUGCCAGCAGUUCUACAGCUCAUCAAUCCUGAAAUUCAAGACUUUACUGUACCCUGGAGUACUUCACAGUUCUGGUAUUUAGCCCAAUAUGCAAUGAGUACAUUAACCAUUCUUGUACCAAAAAUGCCCGCUGAAUUUCUAAAGAAAAACGGGUCACUGAGAUUGAUAAUGAUGCUUGAGUGGGGUAUGACAGAUGAAUUUGAUUCUACCAUAAUUAUGAAUUUGGUGAAGACUAUUUGCUCUAUCAUUACAAUAAAGUGUAAAAUGAUAUUGGACGCUUUUUGCGAGCAUGGAGUAGUUGUCUCUCUAACAAAGCUUGUGAACCAUAUUUUAAACUUUGAAAGUCUCACUAUGCAACAUCAGAGAAUCUUAACUCUUCUUAUGAUAAGCAUUCAAGACGUGAUGAAUAAUAAAAUGUACCUACGAGAAAUGUAUGGUGAUCAAAGUAUAAAGCUUGUUUUGCGUUUACUGCAAAGAUGUUUUCAUCAGAAAAAAGGAGAAUUCAAGCUUGACCAACGAAUUUUAAUUUCGUUAGGAUCUUACAUUUGGGAAUGCAUCAUUCGGUGCCCAAUGAAUAUUGAAACUUUUGUACAAAGCGGAGCAAUAUACUUGAUGCUAGAUAUUAUUCAAGACGCCAGCCUUGAUGUUCGAUGCGUCUAUCUUGGUGUUUUAAGCGAUCUUAACCAAGUCACAUUCUGUGGUCCACAUUUGUGUACAUGGAGAGGAGCGGAUAAAAGGAAAGGUCUGAUAUCGUUCUUGGCCAAAACUUGGAGAGAAGAAGAAGUCAUUUUGGGAGUGAAGAGAAACUCUGAAGGUUGUAUUGAUGACCUGGAAUUACCACUAAUGGGAAAAGAACAAUGGGAUAACACUUACUGGAAUAAGGCCGGUGUAACUGAUGACUCAAGUCCUGCUUUAGUGGACAUGAUAGGAUCGGUUAGACCUAAGAUUUAUAGCAUACACAAAUUGAUGGAAGAGGAAGCUGACAAGUAUGAAAAAACAAAGGAACAUUAUAAAAUUUUAAUGGUCGAUAUUCCUGCAGAAGAUAUGUGGCGGACUGGAUACUCAUGGGUGCGUCAUCGGAAAAAGGAAAAACUGUUUCUAAGGAGUAGAACGUAA